CUGGUGCGCGCCCAGCGACUGCAGGGCCGGGGCUGGGCAGACGGGGAAACUGAGUCCCAGGCUGGCGGACGGUGGGAAGGGGCGUCUCCGGCUGCCAGGCUCCUGCCGCUGGCGCCUGUUUGCCCAAGGGCCCUGGUGCGGAGUCGGCCUGACCUCGGGCAGUGUUGCACGGCGGUCACGCUGUGACUGGCACCUUGGCAGGUGACUUCACCUUUGUAGUCCUCAGUGACCCCUUCUGUAGGGUGGGGGUGAGGAGAGGUACGGGUGGAAUGAGAACCUGCAUGUGCCUGUCACGUGGGGUUUAUCUUGGCGAGCAGGCCACCGGCCUUAUCCCUGACGCAGCAGCCAGCAGGCGGCUAGUUUCCCCGAGCAUGGUGACUGCAAGCAGGGCCUCCGUGGGCCUCUGGAGGAUCUCCUGCUGGAGGUCCCUACUUGGCACCACAGCCUUCUGGGCUAAAGUGCCCUAGGGAUGAUGGCGGUGAGGUGGGCCGAAGCUUGAUUUUCUCGUGUGCACAUCUGGUGUCUGAACCAAGAACUUCAGUGUCACUUGGACUUGGACUGAGGUUGAUAAUUGCCAGUCUUCCCCAAGUAGUGAGAGAUCAAUCCCCUGCUUCUGUCAUUUGCUCACUUGUUCAUUCCACAGAGAGUUCCCCAGGCCUCCUGGGUACGAGGCACAGUGCUGGGCACAGUGGACUGAGCGGUGGAUGCGACAGCCAUAGGCCCUGAACUCAGGGAGGAGACAGCUCAGGGCUGCCUGUCUGGCCUGGGCCUUGCCCUAUAUGUCUGCAGCCUCUUCCCUCAGGCAGCCUGGGCUGUUGUCUGGGGAAGCAGGUGGAGGGCUGCUCCUGAAAGACUUGGACAUUGGUAGGGGUUCUGGCUUUGUCAUGUGAACACUGGGAAGCAUCUUAGACAGGCAGGUAGCAGGAUCAAGUUUGCAUUUAAAAAAUUGCUAUGGCAGCUGUGAGGCCAGUCUCACCAGGGGUCCCUUGCCCACACUGGGGCCCCACUCUUGAAUUCACAUUGUGUUCAGUAGCCUGUUCUGGGCUUAGCUAAUUCCUUCUCCUGCUCAUGUUAGCCCCGCUCAGCUCAGCAUCACUUUCUCAAGGAACUAGACAAAGUCAGGGUCCCUGACCUUCUUCACAGCCCUAGUCACAAGGGCUGAGUCUUAUGUCAUCAGUCAUUAACAUCUGUCUCUCCCGUGAGCAGGAUGGCGGGGCUGAGUUUGUCUGGCCUACAUUGUUUCCCCAAUGCGUAUGGUGGUCCCAAGCACAUUGUAAGAUUUCAGGAAGUAUUGGUUGAAGGAACGCUGGAAUCUCUGGGACCUAUUAGCACCUGAUAUGAAAUAGUUGCUUCUCUCUAAAUGUUUCAUUACGUACACUGAACUGAGCAAAAAAUCAACUUAUAAAGUAUAUUAAAAAAAAAAAACUUGCCGUCGAGUCAGUUCUGACUCAUAGUGACCCUAUAGGACACAGUAGAACUGCCCCAUAGGGUUUGCAAGGAGCAGGUGGUGGAUUCAAACUGCCAACCUUUUGAUUAGCAGUCAAAUGCUUAACCACUGUGCCAUCAGGGCUCCUAUAAAGUGUAGCAGGUGGAAGACCUUGCAAAUCUAGGCCACUUCCCAUGUGGUGUUCCAGGAGUGAGUGGUGGGGUGAAGGGACUUGGGCUGCAGCUUGAGAAACUUUGGGGAUCGUCAUGAUGGUCCUGGGCUCCCUCUCUCCCCAUGACCCACUUUUUCUCUGCAGGCUCUGAUGCUGGUCUCUGGUAGAAGGUUGCUCACAGCUCUUCUGCAGGCUCAGAGGUGGCCCUUUCAACCCUCCAGAGAAAUGAGACUGGUACAGUUCCACGCACCCCACCUGGAAGGACCUCGCCUGGGCCUGGAGUUAGGGAAGGACAGGGGGGUCAUCGACCUCAAUGCCUUUGACUCCACACUCCCCAAGACGAUGAUAGAGUUUCUGGAGCAGGGAGAGGCCACCCUCUCGGCAGCCAGAAAAGCCCUGACUGCCUCACUGCCGGUCCUGCCAUGGUCGGAGGUGACCUUCUUGCCCCCGGUCACACGGCCAGACAAGGUGGUGUGCGUGGGCAUGAACUAUGUGGACCACUGCAAAGAGCAGAACGUGCCUGUGCCCAAGGAACCCAUCAUCUUCAGCAAGUUUGCCAGCUCCAUUGUGGGGCCCUACGAUGAAAUCGUCCUCCCGCCCAAGAGCCAGCAGGUGGACUGGGAGGUGGAGCUGGCCAUCAUCAUUGGGAAGGCAGGCAAGCACAUCCAGGCCACAGAUGCCAUGGCUCAUGUGGCUGGCUUCACUGUGGCCCACGAUGUGAGUGCUCGGGACUGGCAGAUGGGACGCAAUGGAAACCAGUGGCUGCUGGGAAAAACCUUUGACACCUUCUGCCCCCUGGGCCCUGCUUUGGUUACCAAGGAUAGUGUACCAGACCCGCACAACUUGAGGAUCUGCUGCCGCGUCAACGGGGAGCUGAUGCAGAACAGCAGUACCAACCGGAUGGUGUUUAAGACGGAAGAGCUGAUCGCCUGGGUCUCGCAGUUCGUCACUCUUUACCCAGGGGACGUCUUCCUGACUGGGACCCCUCCAGGUGUUGGUGUGUUCAGGAAGCCUCCGGUCUUUCUCAAGAAGGGAGAUGAGGUCCAGUGUGAGAUCGAAGAGCUGGGUGUCAUCAUCAACAGGGUGGUGUGAGGGCUCCUGCCGCAGGCCCUGGACUUACGAGCAGGUGCCCAGGGGAAGGCCCAAGGCCAGGCGCGGGUGCGUGAGCCCCUUGAGGCCCUCCUCCUGACAGAAGGGAGGGGGAUGGCGCUCCCUCAAUAAACUUCUCUGGCCAGAGCAGCAGCUGAGCUUCUGCGACUGUCUUAGCAUUUGUUUCAAGGAGUGAGCUAGGGCGUUCUCACAGGGCUGGGGAAAUAAAGAGCAGACACAGAUACACCAAAAA